UUCAGAUUUGUGGCGCCAAAUAUUUCCAACUUAAGUGCAGAGGAUAAUGAGAAACGAUUAAACUAUUUCCUUAACAAGUAACUGACCAUGUCUGCUCUCUUCAACUGCAGCCCCGAACUCGUAUUCUCCAACCUAUCCUUUCAAUCUUACAAUUCAUCCUUGAAAUUUCCCAUCACCGCAAAUCUUUUAUUUUUAUCUUCUAAGAAGAAUUCAGCUUCGACGCUUUUUUGCUCUCGUAGAACUCAUGAGGAGUCCAGCGCAGGAGAUGAGGAGACGAACCAAUCAAGGAGACUCUCCGAGCAGUCUUCUUGGGAAGCAAAGGACUCAGAGGGGAGAGAUUAUCUUUACAGGCUGGGGAAAGAGGCUGAUAAUAUGAAUAUCGCAGUGGGAGCUAGGGCUGGCAUCAUUGAUGAUUUAUUCGUUGGGGAUUUUCUUGGGAGAGACUCGGAUAUCGUGUUUGAUUACAGGCAAAAGGUGACUAGAUCGUUUGAGUACCUUCAAGGCGAUUAUUACAUUGCCCCAAUUUUCAUGGAGAAAGUUGUAUGUCACAUUGUGAAGAAUUAUAUUGCUCAUGUUCUCAACACCAAAGUUCCUUUAAUCCUAGGUAUUUGGGGAGGAAAAGGUCAAGGGAAAUCAUUUCAGACAGAACUUAUAUUCCAGGCAAUGGGAAUUGAGCCAGUCAUUAUGUCUGCUGGGGAGCUUGAAUCAGAGAAAGCAGGUGAACCAGGAAAACUCAUACGUGAACGGUAUAGGACAGCUUCUCAAGUAGUCCAGAACCAAGGGAAAGUCAGUUGUUUGAUGAUCAAUGAUAUUGAUGCUGGGCUAGGAAGAUUUGGAAAUACUCAAAUGACCGUCAACAACCAAAUUGUUGUUGGGACUCUGAUGAAUUUGGCAGAUAAUCCUACAAGAGUUAGUAUUGGACAGGACUGGAGAGAAUCGGAUGUGACACAUAGAAUUCCUGUCAUCGUAACAGGGAAUGAUUUUUCUGUCAUUUAUGCUCCUCUGAUUCGUGAUGGAAGAAUGGAAAAAUUUUAUUGGCUACCAACCCAUGAAGAUAUUGUAAAUAUUGUCCAUAAAAUGUACGCGAAGGAUGGGAUAUCCAGGGAUGAAGUUGUAGGCAUUGUAAACACAUUUCCUAAUCAAGGUUUGUCUUUUUCUUGCACGGGUUGUAGGGACUUAAUACAUUUUUGUAUCCUUAGAUCCAGAAAUUUAGUCAGGAAGUUGUGCUCAAAGCAUUUACCACUUUCUCCAAAGCCAUAUGAAGUCAUCGUUAAUCAUACUUCAUUUUAUUUUAUUGCAAGGUCAAACAGGUGCAGAACUGCUGAACUUGCACCUUGGUGCAGCUCUAGUGGCUUUUCAGUCCCUUACUUAUUCUCCAAGUUUGGUCCAAUCUGGGAUUUCCUACUGUAAAGGGUUGAAGCAAAG